AUGGCUGCCCGGCUCGGCUCGGCUCGGCUCGGCUCAGCUUCCCGCCGCUGUCCUCGAACGGCCCGCGCAGUCGCCCGCAACCAUAGAGUCGCCUCAGAGAAGGAGGAAGGGCGAGCGCUCCUAAGGCUAGAGGGGACGCUCCGGCCCAUCGAGCUGAGGGUUAUUCUUAAGCUAAAGGGGGCGGGACGAAAGGCUCAGAAACUCCUCGGAGCAAUGGGCAUCGCCCGGACCCCACCCCCCAAACCUGGGUCAUCCCCAGCAGAGCGCGCCUUCCCACGAAUUCGGGGCGGGCGCCUGCAGCCCGAACCCGCCUCCCGGGCGAGAACCGCAGCCCGCGCCUCCUCCCUGGGGCUGCAGCCCGGCCCCCGGGGCAUGGAUUGGGAUGACGUUUUAGAAGCACAAGCAGCCGAGCUGCAGCAGAAGGGGGGCAGCUGGCGUCCUUUCCAAAUUGCAUCCAGCACCGGCUUUCUCAUCUACUUUGCCUGGACUGGGGCUCUGGCCCUCAGAUUCCGCAAAGUCUCUCCGCAGGUGCCGUACGUGCCAUCCAGUGCCAAGCAAGUCCAGAACAUGAUGUCACUGCUUAAAGGGCGCUCAGGAAAGCUGGUGGAUUUAGGCUCCGGUGAUGGCAGAAUCGUACUGGAGGCCUAUAAGCAAGGUUUCCAACCGGUUAUUGGCUACGAACUCAACCCAUGGCUCUUGAAACUCUCCCAUUUUCAUGCUUGGCGGGCUGGAUGCUAUGGAAAAGUUUUCUACCUCCAACAAGAUCUUUGGAAGGCAGAUCUCUCUGACUGCAGCAACGUGACUGUGUUCUUGGCCCCCAGUGUGGUACCUCAGCUGGAGAACAAGCUGCUUUCUGAACUCCCAGAGGAGGCCUGCGUGGUGGCUGCCCGCUUUCCCUUCCUCAAAUGGACCCCUUCCAAAGUGGUUGGAGAAAGUCUAGAGAAAGCCUGGGCCUACAACAUUAGAGAAGUGCGACAAGGAAAAGAGGACACCUCAGGGAGCAGCUCAGCAGAAGCAGCAGUGCUUGCUCCAAACGUGAGAUCCUGCAGUAAAGACGGAAGGGAGGAAGUGUGAGAAUCUUGUUUUCCUUCCAACACCUGUGUCAUGGUCUGUGGGAAUAUCCUUGAGAGACAGGAGGAGGAGAAGCCACAGCCAGGUCAGUGGUCAGAUAAGAGGCAGCUGAGCCCACAGAAGGAAAACGAACGUGGGAAGCAUCUCAGAAGGGACCCUCCCUAGUUCCCUGGAAAGUAAAGGGAAGGGGGGAGAGAUGUGCUUUCAGACCUGCAAGAUUCUGUAUCCUUACAAUAAAGGUAGUGUUAGUCAUCAUGGUUUCAGUGUCUUGUCUGGACUACUACCUUGAAGGGCUGACAUUACUCUUGCAAGUCUCAAAAUUCCCUCUUCCCUGACCAUUGCCCUGGCUGCAGCAAUUCCUCCUCCUGUCUCUCAAGGACAUGGUCACAGAGCAUGACAACCUGCAUGAAGGAUGGGGGCUCAUCCCUGCCGUGGGAUCCUCCAGGAAGGAUAUAAGCUUAAAGAAAGAAUGCAGUUGUCACGAAGAGCCUGGUUUGACCCAGGAGACCAGAUUGACAUUCCUAUCUCCCUGGUGGGGUUCAAGACAACCUUUAGAGUUACUGUUUUGGCCUCAGUUUUCCAUAUUCUCUAUCUUGAGUUCAGGGAAGGCUGCAAAGGAUUGUGCCCUUACUUAAAAGUAUUCCCUUAUACGUUUGCAAUCCAACUGUAUGGGGGUUUUGUGCAAAUUUGCAUAAGAUGUAUACUGUUUGGAAAGCGAAUACUUAGGAAUGUCCUGACUUCAACCUGUACACCAAAUUCUGAGAUUCUUUCCCACCCUCCCAGAUAUAGUCAGGUCAGUUCUAUGAAAAGCAUUGCAGAAGGGGGAAGAGCUGUUUGAUACAAGGAUCCAGAGGCAACACUGUUAAUCAUGCAUUAAAAUUCCCAAAGAGGAAUGGCUUUGCAGAUCAUUAAACUCCUCCUAUUUCAACUAAGA